AUGGCGACGGAAGACGGGAUUCCUGUGUCCGUCACUGUCGACAGUGCUGAAGAAGAGCAGGUUCCUUCAUCCAGUGAACCCGAAUCGACAUCCACGGCCGGUUCGUCAACAGAAGAGACAUCGAGCCCGCCAUCAGUUGAUAGAGAAGAGCAGCGCGUGGACAUGGGGGUCGCGGUGGACGAGAUGGAUGGCAACGUCAAGGAAGUUGACACGCAGGAGAAAGACAAACAUGAUGACCAGAAGGACACCGAUGAAGAUGAGGAAGAUAGCGAGAAAGAGAAUAAGCCGGUUGAGCCAGCCGAGCCAGCCGUCCUUCUGCCUCCACGGCCUGAUAACCCGCAACAAUGGACCUGGAGAUGCCACAAGUGCCAUACACACUAUGCCCUCGCGGUGACGAACCGAUGCCUUUCGGACGGGCACUACUUCUGUUACGGCCUUGCCCAGGGCAGCAAGCACUGGGGGCGCCGACAGAGACAGGUCAGAGGGGAGAGCAGCCUGGGGGCUUCAUGCACGUCCUCCUUUGAUUACAGCGGAUGGGAGGCCAUGGCUGCCUGGCAGAGACGAGUCAGGCAGCAAAGAGGUAGCAGCCCAUCCCCAGGCUGUUGGCAGGGCUGCAAGUACCCAGGGGAAUGCCGCCAAAGCACGCUCGAUGGCAUCCUAGACUCGCCUGCUGGAGAGGCAGACACCAUACCACCGAAUCCCAGAUUCUUGCCACCGGAUGAAAUCCCUUACAAGGCACCAUCUCCAGCACUGGCAACGAAGCCCAGCUUGAAAAGGAAUAAGAGAGCUGCCACAACGGAGCCAGCGAGUGGCCAGCUGAGGAAGAAAGCAAAGAAGACGAAGAAAGGCACCGUAACUCCCGCCUAG